CCAGGCUCCUAUAAGUCUGUCUAGGACACCACCACCACCACCUCCCCGGCUCUCUCUCCUCUCUCCCGCAAGAACCGCGGGCCAGAGAUCGACCGCAACCCACCGCAGCCGCGCGCGCGCGCACACACAGACAGAGCACCGGGCCAUCGCAUGGGAGCGCGGUCGACGACGACCGCGGGGGAGGCGGCGAGGCGGAGCAGGAAGACGACGACCACGGCCAUGGCGCCGUCGGUGGGCGGCGUCGAGACGGCGGCAUCGGCGGGAGGAGGCCGGCGGAGGACGGCGCCGCCGCGGCUGAUGGGGUACGAGGAGCUCCCCGAGUACCUCAAGGACAACGAGUACAUCCGCGGCCACUACCGCGUCGAGUGGCCCAUCCGCGACGCCCUCCUCAGCGCCUUCGCCUGGCACAACGAGACGCUCAACGUCUGGACGCAUUUGGGAGGGUUCCUGCUGUUCCUGGCGCUCGCCGUCGCCGGAGGCGGGAGGGAGGCCGUCCACGAGGUCGCGCCGGGGAUCAUGAGGUUUGUGGUGGGAUCAGCUAAUUCUUCUUGGAAGAGCGAUCAUUCGGGCCUGCCGAGCCAUGACGCCGCGGCGGCGACGGUCCAGGGCGGGCACGGCGCGGUGCCGCUGUGGCCACGGAUGGUGUUCCUGGUGGGCGCCAUGGCGUGCCUGGCCAUCAGCUCGACGGCGCACCUCCUCGCGUGCCACUCCCGCCGCGCCACCGUCGUGUUCUGGCAGCUGGACUACGCCGGCAUCUCCGUCAUGAUCGUCGCCUCCUUCGUGCCGCCAGUGUACUACGCGUUCCUCUGCCACCCGCACGCGCGCGUGGCCUACCUCUCCGCCAUCACCGUGCUCGGCGCGCUCGUCGUGGCCGUGCUGCUCGCGCCGUCCUGCUCCUCGCCGCGGUACCGCCGGCUCCGCGCCACGCUGUUCCUUGCAAUGGGGCUCUCCGGCGUCAUCCCGGCGGUGCACGCGCUCUGGAUCAACUGGGGCCACGCCGCGUGCUACCUCGCGCUCGGGCUCGAGGUCGCCAUGGGGCUCGCCUACGGCGUCGGCGCAUGGUUCUACGUCAGCCGCGUGCCGGAGAAGUGGCGCCCCGGCGUGUUCGACGUUGUGGGGCACAGCCACCAGAUCUUUCACGUGUUCGUGCUCGUCGGCGCCAUGACGCACUACGUCGCGGUCGCCGUGCUGCUUCACUGGCGUGAGAAGGCGUCUGUCACGUGCGGCGGCGCAUCUUAGGUUGCUUGCGGAAUCAAGAACCGGUGAUUGGUAUCAUUCGAGAAUGAUUGCUUGGUUCGAAGGGAUUAGUGAGCUAGUAGUAGAAGCAUUGUGCUUAAUUUAGUGGCAUCGUGUGGACUUAUGAUUUGACAGACAUAUGCAUUACAGUUGAUGAGCUUGCUGCACUGCUUA